GCCCUCUAUCCGGAAGUUUUGGUUUUUCAGCUUCUCAACUACAAAUAGGAUGUAUUCAUGUAACUAUUUUUGUGGUUGAGAGAACGCAACGGUUUUUCACAGAAGUUUAAUUGUAGGACAAUUCAAAAAGCCUGACAGGCAACUUUAAUAUUCUGGUUGAACCUGCAUGUUUACAGAUGAACGUCACUCUCUUAUGGAUGGCCCACCAACAUUACCUGUAGUUGAGGUGUAGAGUUGGCAUUUUGACCAUGUAUUCUGAGUGGGCGUCACUUCAGGAUGAAAUCCAAUGUGACAAAGCAAACCAGAGUGUCCUACACAAGUUUCCGACACCUGUUGGAACGACGGUCGCUACCUCCGUGGUAAGACACAUUGCGGUCAGUCUCAGCAUCACCGCCAACAGUCAGGAGCCAUGCCAGCUCGACUCGGACAAGGAGGUCAAAUGGGCCAUGGAGGUGCUUUGUUAUGGUCUGGGUCUCCCACUGACUGAGUUGGACACGAUUAAGGAGUGUGUCAAUGUGUACUGUAACUGGCUGACCGCCUGUAUGCCUCCCUCCCCAAACCAGCCCCCCAUCCCCCCACCCAUCAGGGACGACCCUGACCCAUACAUCCAGGACAUGAUUCACCACCUGCUUAAUUUGUUUGUACCUCGGCCAGGAUCAGAUGUUGACAGUGUCAGGAAACAAGCUGUUUUCUGUCAUCGAGUUUUACGCCAAAUUCAGGCUAUUGCCAAAGAAUCUACCAUAUUGUCCAGAGAAUCAUGGGAAACUCUGCUGAAGUUUUUAUUGGCGGCCAAUGACAGUUUGUUAUCACCACCUCUAGAAAAAGACGAUGCUGGAAUGAGUUCAUAUGACAUAGGGGACCAGCUGUGUGAGCGAGUGCUCAGUGUGCUGUUUGAGAUCUGGCUGCUGGCCUGCCACAAGUGUUUCCCCUCCCCCUCUCUCUGGAAGACCUUCCGCGGCAUGUGUAUCAGCUGGCGCCACCACGAGUCGCUGGUGGUGCAGUGGCAUAAGGUCAACCACGCCCUCACAGCCCACGUCCUCAGCUUUACCCAGGGACCGGACUACCCCAAACUGACACUAGCUGAUGAUGAAGCUCAGUUGAUACCGACCGCCAUGACAUAUGACUGUAUCGCCCAGUGCUGGUUCCGAUUCCUUCACAUCAUACAGAAUCCUGUGGAUCUGUGUCGUCCAGAAAUCAUCGGAAAAACCCACAAAUUUAUGCAAGCGGCCAUGAAUAGCGACACUCUGAUAGAUCCGACCCAGCAUGAGUGUCUGCAGAAACUCCCGGUCAUCUUCUACAAGGCCAUGAAGGGCGUGUCUGUGAUGGUUAAUGCAUUUCUGGGUAUUCCCCAGACCCAGAAUAAGUACGAUGAGCAGCUGAUCUCCAGUAGCAGCAGUAACAGUAAGCUAACCAUGCCCCCCACUCCCCCGGGGCAGAGGAAAUCCUCCCGCCCUAUGUCUGUCUUCAGCUCCUCCAACAAAGGAAGCUCCAAGCCAGCCAACACGUCCGUCGCAGUGCCAAAAUCCAAUACACCCAUGAUGUCCAGUCUGAUAUUCUACGAGCCCCGCCAGUCUCUGGCUCCCACUCGGCCAAAGUGUGACAGCAUUCUCCAUCUUUUUGGGGCGUGGCUCUUUGAUGCUGCCCUGGCGAGGGUCAAGUUUCACAACUGUCACAGAAUCGUUCCUGAUCAAGGUUCCAUUCACUCGGAUCGAAGAUCCAGUUCAUUAACUGACUCGCGACGGAACUCCGUGACAAUGGAUUACCACUCGGAUAGUGCACUGGUCUGUGACAACACGUACGAGAUGGGACGUGCUGAGGCCCUCGGAACACUGUGUAGAAUUUUCUGUGCUCACAAAACAGGGGAGACCAUCCUACCUGUGUAUUACUCCAGAUUUUAUUUGGCCAUGUACUACGGCCUGCAAACUUCAGAGGAGUAUUUGAGCGGACAAGUGUUAGCCAGUGUGCUGUUUAACUCCUGUGAUAUAUUACGAGUCGAUUUGGACGGUGUUCUGAUGCUGCUGCCUCAUAUUUUGGAUGCCAUUCAACUGGUGCUGAAUGAUCUACCCAAUAAGUACAAGAGUGAGACCAACAGUACCAUCGAGUUUAGGAACGUGGACCUACAGAAGGCCUGUAUCAACCUUCUACUGACCACACUCUGUCUGCCGCUGCACUUCAAGGAUCUCACUAUCAGGGACAUUGUAUCCAGCACAGACACAGAGGUACAGCUCAUCACAUUCAUUUCUCUGAAGAAGAAGAUCAUUGACCUAAUUAUUGGAGCCCUUCGCAUCAGCUCAGAUUCCACCAACACACAGAUGUUAUUGGGCGGUUUGAUGCUACUGGUGGAGGAUAUGGCGGUGUGUGAAGCCGCAGAACAAACCACGUUCCAGCCCCAUGACAUCAGCCAGGAGUCGGAGAACCAAGUUUUCUCAGACAACAGUCAGAGCAGCCUGAAGACUUCGUCCUCAGAGUCAAGCUUCAAGGAGGGAUCAUACCACAGACUGGGACACCAAGCCAGUGACACUGAUUCCGCCCACGGCUUGUUUGGGGAGGCGGUCACACUGAUAUGUCACCGCCUACUGUCCCAGUGGAAGACGGAUCUGAACAGUGCGCUGGCCGCCAUGGAAAUCUUGGCUGGUCUGGCUAAACUGGUGAUCAGCCCUCCAAACCUGCUGAUGUGUAAGUGCACGGUGAAGUGGAUCUGUGAGUUCAUUGUGCAGCAGUGUAAUCGUCCAGCCCCCGCCCACUCAAAGGACCUCCACAGUACCAUUGUGGCGGCGUUCCGAUGUCUUAGCCUGUGGCUGGUGGAGCACAGUCGUCUUCUCUACGACAAGGAGUGUCUCCACGUGGUCCUAGAAGUCGUGGAGCUUGGGAUCUCUGGCUCCAAGUCACAGAAACCCGAGAUUCAGAGCGUGCUAUUAAAAGACACAAAAAUCGCCCCAUCAGUUCAGAACCGUGCCAGUGAUCCGCCAAAGUAUAAACAGGACAAGCAGCGACAGCCGGCCUCCAAACGUGUACAGGAAGCCGCGGAAGGACUCCUCACCUGUAUCAUACAGCACGUGGGUGCUUUCCCCCCGCCCUGUGGCCCCGAGUCCCUGUUUUCUCUGCUGGACGAAAAAUCCCUGUUGAAGUACACCAAGGGGAACAGCUGUUUGCCGGAACAUGGCUCCCCCUUCAGAUACUAUGUCCUGGAAAACGCCAUCGUCGUGGGAUUGUUGGAACAGCCUCUUGGAAAUAUUGAAGACCUGUUGCCCACGGUGACGGCUCUGAUUAGGGGACCGUUUGGUCGACAUGCUUGGGUGAUGCAGCUCAGACACUCCCCACGGAUCAAGCGGGGUUCGUCCAAAUCCCACCUAAGUGAUCCUGGCCGACCUAUGCCGGGGGAGAACGUAGGAACUCAUCACAGCGUCAAGCCCAGAAACUUCCCUGAGUCUGUGGAUAAAGUGACCGCCACCAAGGCGGAGAAAAGUAUUCCGACUCUGGAAUCGUUGGUAACGGAUGAGAAACGCCCAGAGCUGAACAAACUCAAGUCUUUCAUUGAGAAGCAAGAUCAAUUUGAAUCUCAGAUUGGUCAGAGAAAGCAGCAGGAGGUGAAGAGUAUGCCCUUCCCCAACCAAGACACUGAGUGUAAACCUCCAAAAAUAACAGAGGAAUUUCAGGCUGCCCGUCUGUUCCUGUCUCAUUAUGGGUUUCUGUCACUAGAGGCUCUCAAGGAGCAGAGCAACACCAGUCUUCCACCCUCCCUGGUUACCUUGGAUACCACUAAUCCAGGUCUGACCAAUGACCUAGAGAUGCUGGAUACAAUUACAGCCCGUGACAACGACACAGUUCAUGUGUUCUAUGUCAAGUCCGGCCAGCGAUUGGCUCAGGACAUUCUACGCAAUGUGGGGUCUCAGCGUGGCAUACAGGGCCAGUUCCUGGAGUUCCUCCACUCCCUGGGCUGGCCAGUGGACGUACAGAAACAUGCCGGCUGGACCGGUCACAUCAGCACCAGCUGGAAAAUCUCACAGCCUGAGGAUAUCCAAGAGAACGCCCCGCGUGUGGGGACGGGAGGCAGUAUCUAUGACGGUCAGCAACAGGUGCUGUACUGGGCGGACGUGUCCUCAGAGGUCGCCUUUAUUGUCCCCUCCCUGGACAACUUCCACAGGCUGCAGAACGACGGGGACAAGUCUCCACAACUCUCUGUCAGCACCCCCAGUGAGGGACCAGGGGGGACCAAGCCUACCACGCUCUCCCUUGAGAGACCCCUCACUGAGCCUCGCAAUAAAACCAUGGAGAGUCCGAGUUCUCCCCACGACGCCCCCGCCUUCCGUACUCGACGAUUCGGUCGACCGUCCACUGUGACCAUUGGACCAGACACAAAAAUCUUUGUUGUGUGGCUGGAAAACUUUGAGGACCAUGAAAAUUUUCCAACAGGUGACCUACUUCCGAUGACCAGCACGGGUCUGGAGCAGUACACUGCGACCAGCAGCUCGUCCAUGAGACAAGACAAGGACAUCUUCCUGAUCUACAUCCACGCCCUACAGAACGGACUGUUCCGGAUCCAUAUGGAGGGAAACACUGGGAAGAUCUCCAUGGCGAUUCCUCUUGUUGAUGGAAUGGUGGUCAGCAGACGUACGCUAGGCUCCAUGGUCCGGCAGACGGCGAUAAAUAUCGGACGUCGGAAAAGACUAGAGAGUGACUCGUAUCAACCUCCUCAUGUUAGGAGAAAAAUAAAAAUUCAGGAAAUUGUGGACAAGUAUCAUUUGAAGAUGACAGAAUCCGAGUUCUACACAGCUUUAUUCCAAGAUGUUCACAAGUGAUUGCUCCUAGGAACAAAUCGUGCGCUGAGGCCAAGGACGAGUCAAAUCUGAUGAUAUGGUUUUCUAACUGAUAUAGAGCAAAGUUUCAUAUUUAUUCGCUCUGAAUAGUUAUAAAAACCAUAAGAUAGGAACCUGGACAAGAUAAUCAUGAAAUGAAUAUUUUAAGAAAAUUUAAUGUCUUCCAAGACGUACUAUAGAUUCCGAAAUAAACAUGAGGAGUUAAUAUUCAGGUAAAAUUGUGAGAGGCACAUCAAGACAUACCUGAAAGGGUUAAUAAACAGCUGUUUUACACUCCACUUAUGCCUUGUAACAAUGAGAGCUGUAUUCUAAGAAAACACUGAUUUUGGCCAAUUGCAACGUUUCUCUGUUAGUGGCCAGCUUCUGUUUAGUGGUGCUAAUGUUGAUGAAUGUGAUAUUAUGUGAACAAACGUUAUUGCAUUAUAUAUUUGGAGUGUAUGAAGUUGGAUCAUAUUUUGUUUAUUUUUAUACAGCUAGGGUUUCUCCCCUUUGUUGAUUUGAACUUCUAUUGUGCUGUUAACCAAGUAAGGCAGAUUUUCAAGCAACAGCUGCUGAUAGGUAUUAUUGUUUCAGCCUGUGUUGGUUUCUGUAUAAAAUGAAUAAAAUCACUACUUGCUAGCGGACAUUUAUUCAUUUCUUAACCGCCCAUUGACGGAUGAAAUAUUUAAUGUAAGUAUAAUACAUGGUUAACAGUACCCAGUUUUGCUUUAAUGACUUUAUGAACUUAGUUAUACAAUCAGUGAUGUACACACACUUCAUAUAGUAAAUGCUAAUCAUUUUUCUUGUGCGUCAUUUUAAUCAUUUAAAGGGGCAUGGUCACGAUUUUGGUCAAAAAUUAUUUUUCCGAUUUGAAUAUUUACAAUGCUUCAGAUAGGCAUUUUUAAUAGGCAACCAAAAUUUGAGUGUCAUUUGUUGGGUUAUAAGCGAGGUACAGAGUUUAUAAUUCUUCGCUUUGUAAACAAAGCUUUUGUUUACAUUUUGAAUGUUGCAGUGAAAAUUCAAGUUUUAGACCUCAACUGAAUGUGUUAACCGUUAGGAACUGUUUAUUUAUGCUUAAGAUUAAUAAUAAGACAGACAAAUCAGCUUGAAAAGAUUUUUUACUGGUAUAUUGAACCUAUGUAAAUAGGGCACGAGCCUUGUUUACAUGACGAAGAAUUGUAUGCCUGUAUCUUGCUUAAAACUCAUCGACUGACACCUAAAUUAAAUUUGAUAAUAAGAAAUGCAUUUUUAAAGCAUUGUAAAUAAUAAAAACAGAAAAAUAAAAUUUGACCAAAAUCGUGACCAUGCCCCUUUAACCACAUGGUUGCUAACAUAGAUUUUGUUAGAUAUUUGAAUAAGUGACGUAUGGUGAGAUCCUACAGGCUUUUUCAUUGGACGCUGUAUAUGACAAGAUCCUACAGGCUUUUUCAUUGGAUGCUGUAUAUGACAAGAUCCUACAGGCUUUUUCAUUGGACGCUGUAUAUGACAAGAUCCUACAGGCUUUUUCAUUGGACGCUGUAUUGUACUGGAAUUCUAGUCACCCUCACUGAAGAGAAGAAACAAUCUGUGAUUCUUAAAAGACCAUCCUCUAUGGUGGAAUUAAGCACUGCAGAUCUGAUCAAAGUAAAAAAAGAUCCUGUGUAGAAGGACCAGAUAUCAGGAUAUCAUGUGUAGUAGGAUCAGAUAUCAGGAUAUCAUGUGUAGUAGGAUCAGAUAUUAUGUGUUUAGGGUUAGAUAUCAGGAUUUGACCUCUCAUUUUUGUGCAAUAUUAAUUAUCUUUGUUCUGUGUUGUUAAAUAAAUGCUAUUAAUUA